AUGGACAAUGCCAAGAGUAAAAAGGAAGCAAACAAAACGCUCAAUUGUGUGAAAAUUGAAUGGCAAUUGUCACAAAAGCAAAAAUCUGUUAAGCUUGGAAGCUUUGAAUUUCCACAUCGCAAACUUUCGGAUUUACAUUUGCCUGACAGCCAUCCUAGAAGAGCGCAUGAAAAAUGCGGGAAAAUGUUAAUUAAAAGGAUCUUCAUGAUUAAUGCAAAUUUACUUAAAUGUUAUGCUUCACUUAUUCACAGCAUAGACCUUUAUUUGAGGCUAAGAUCCGUUAAAUUUAUGGAAGUGGGAUCAUUUCUUGAACUAGAAGCAACCUCAUUACCGAAUGGGGUCGUCGUGAAGACGGAGAAGACUGAAAAGAAUUUUUUUGAGCAAUUUUCGCAAUAA